AUGCUUCCCUCCCGAUUCUUCCCAGCCAAGCAGCACCCAGACGCACCCCCAGCGAAAAAGAAACUCAAGCAGGACCACCACCCCCACGAGGCCGAGAAGCACAAGCGACUGUCGACCGCCUCCCGACUGGCCCAAUUCCUAAACACAAAAGCAACAGAACAACGCCAAGCAGCAUCCUCGUCCGAACAGGCCAGGGCCUUGCAAGCCAAGAUUGCGGCUGCCAGAGCAGCAUCCACCGCCGUCAAAUGGGAACAGCCACAGAGCAUGUGGGAGCCAGGGGUCGAGCAGAAGAAACACAAGGCAGGAAACCCUGCGGGACACGCAACCGCCAAGGACUCGCUGGACGAGGACGAGGAUGAUGAGGGCGAGGAAGAUCGGGAACUGUCGCCACAAAAGAAGACGAAGAAGCAGAAAAAUCCACAGGCUGUGAAAUCGACCCAGCUGGAACAGCAAUGGGCGGAGUUCAAGAAGCAGUACCCCAAAUUGGUGAUCUUCAUGGAGGUCGGAUACAAGGUCAGCACCAUCCAGAUGGCAGCCUAUCAAAACACACAUGCUCACCACAAAAUCUACUUCCAGAUUCGACUGUUUGGGCCAGAUGCGGUGCUGGCAUCCCAAGUGCUUUCGAUCGGACAUCUAGCCAUCCCGGGGCGCGAGACGGCGUUUUUCCCCAAGACGAGUCUGCAUGUGCAUCUGAGUCGGAUGAUCAUGGCCGGACACAAGGUCGGCCUCUUCGUGCAGUCGGAGACGCGUGCGCUACGGAACCCGGAGUUGGUGGGCGUGAAGGGCGCGAAGGGCCGGGUGUUUUCGCGGCACUUGGCCGGAGUCUACUCGCUCUCGACGUGGACGGAGAGCGACCCGAGCCAGGGGUUUGCGGCCGCCGCCGCCGCCGCCGAGCCCGGCCUGGUCCAGAACUGGAUCGUCAGCUUCCAUGCAUCCUCCCCCCCGACCAGCGGCCGAAACGCGCAGGACACGCAGCCGAAAACCCAGCUGAGCAUGGCCGCCAUCUGUCCCCAGACCGGGGAGAUCGUCUGGGACUCCUGGGCUGACGACCCCAUCCGCUCGAUGCUCGAGACCCGGAUGUCCUACUUCAGACCCGUCGAAAUCCUCGUGCCCCUGAGCGGCCUGGAUGGCCCCAGCGAGAAGCUCAUCAACUGGAUCAUCAAGAACCCCUUGGCCAGAUCUACCGUCAAGCCCCGCCUCGAAUCCACCGACCAAGACUAUACGCCCCAGGCCGCUUACCAGUUGGUCUCCCGGUUCUGCCAACCUGUCAAGCGCAAACCGCGAGUCUCAAGGCCAUCAUCACAGGAUGAGGCCAGCGAGGGAGACUCGGCCGAGCCCGAGUUCCUCCAUCACAUUGUUGAGCUUCCUGACGGCGUUCUGAUCGCAUUGGCCGGCUUGAUUGUUCAUAUGAAGUCUUAUCAGCUCGAGUCCAUCUUUCGUCAACCCGGACAAUUCAGAUCGUUUUCGAGCCAAAGCUACAUGAUCCUCGAUGCCAACACGCUCAAAAAUCUGGAGAUUUUUGAAAACUCGACGGAUCGGACGGAGAGAGGCUCCUUAUUCUGGGUCCUUGACCGCACGAAAACCGCAAUGGGAAAACGGAUGCUCAAGCAAUGGAUAGGCAAACCAUUAGUCGACCAAAACAUGCUGAAAGAACGUGCAGACGCGGUUGAGGAAUUGAUUGCCAGUCAAAGUCAUCCAAUCUUGAUCAAGAUGCGACGGCUGUUGGGGAUGAGACUUCCUGAUCUAGAGAAAACCCUGGUCAGAAUCCAGUAUGGAAAGUGUACGGAGAAAGAGUUACUGAGAUUUCUCGAGGUGAUGGUCGAGCUAACGGCGACGUUUGGGAGCGGGUCAACGGGGAAGGCAAUUUUCGGCUCGCGUCUGUUGCAGGAGAUCUUUGCAGGCUUCUCGGCGGCGCGAGAGCAGACAAUGGAGUACCGCUCCGAGCUGAAUUCCAAGGCGAUCCUCAAGGGCGAGUACGAGGACAUGUUCGUCAACGCCGAGGAGCUCUAUCCCGAACUGACCGACCUUAAAGACUGUCUCUCUUGCAUCGAGGCCGAAUGCGCCGAACAUUUGCAAGCCUGUCGGGUCACGCUCGAGAACCCGAAGCUCGAAUAUAUCACUGUUGGAUCAGAGGAGAUGCUGAUCGAGGUGCGUCACCAACAAGUGGACCGGGUGCCGGAGAAUUGGAUGAAAUACGGCAGCACACGUGCAGUGCAACGGUUCCGGACGGCGGAAGCCACACGAUUGUUGGCCGAGCGGGACAAGUAUCGGGACCUGAUAGUGCGUGCGAGUCGGGGAUAUUUCGAGGCCUUCCUGGGCUCGAUGGGGGAAGCGCACGACGUGCUGAGGGAUGCGGUGAACAAGCUCGGCCUGGCGGAUUGUCUGCUCAGUCUGGCCACCGUGGCCGCCGAGAACAGGUACUCCAGACCGCGCAUCGUCCCACAUCCCGCCAUCGAAAUCUCCAACGGACGCCACCCUAUCGUCGAACAGAUCAUCGAUAAUCCGCUCGUCCCCAAUAACUGCGAAUUCGCUCCUAACGGCCUCUCGACGAUGAUCUUGACUGGGAACAAUAUGGGCGGGAAGUCGGUGACCGCCAAGAUGAUCGGAUGCAUCGUCCUUUUAGCCCAAAUGGGCAGCUAUGUGCCCGCCGAACGCGCGACGAUCGGGCUCUUUGACGGCUGUUACACCCGGAUGGGUAUGUCGGAGGAGCUCGCCCAGGGCCGGAGCGCGUUCAUGGUCGAGAUGAACGAGGCGGCAAAGAUCCUCCGGAUGGCCACUCCGCGCUCCUUGGUCAUCAUCGACGAGCUCGGCUACGGCACUAGCACUUAUGACGGUCUCGCUAUUGCUAAUGCUGUCCUUGACCAUCUCGCCUCCUCCAUCCGCUGCUUUACUAUCUUCAUCACCCAUUAUCCCCAAUUGAAUGAGAUUGCAAUCAAGUAUCCUGAAAGGGUGAAAAGCUACCACAUGAAGUUCCUAGAAUGCCAAGUUGGCUCGAAAACAGAAGACGAAGAAGAAGGGGAAGGGGACGGGGGGCAGAUCACGUUUCUUUACAAGCUGGCGGCCGGGUUAGCGACCAAGAGUCACGGGAUCCAUGUUGCCCGUCUCGCCGGUCUUCCGUCACCUGUCCUGCAUCGGGCCCGUCGAAAAUCAAAGACCUUGGAAGAGUCUGUCGGCCGGAAGAAUCUGGCCCAUAGGGCCUCGGUCAUCAAGGACCUUUUACUCUCUCUGUCUUCUUCUUCCUCUGCCUCAGGAAACGACAAGCAUUCGUCAGGCUGUGCACCCGAUCUCGAGCUUCUUUCUCGCGCACAAAUCCUGCUCUCUUCGCUGUGUUUGUCGACUGGUUCAGAGUGA